AUGACUUCUGUGCAAUAUGAGGGUGAUCCUAAACUUCUACCGUUUGACUCGAAUAGACUUUUUCACCUAUACACUAAGUUAUCUGAAAAUUUAGAUAUCUCAAACGCAGAUCUCGAAGACGCAGCACACUCCAUAGCUUUAGCACUACCCUCCACAAUCACUGUUGAUGAGCUCUUGCACUUGGCAGCUGAAUCUUUGGCUCAAAAAAUUGUUGUCAACCCCGACUUUUCAAAUUUAGCUGGAAGAGUCGAUGUCCAUGCGAUCCAUAGGUCAAUACCCCAUGAUUUUGCAACCAACUUCGAGAGAUUACAUCGCUACCUUCACCCUAAGACUCGGCAUCCGCAGCCAUUAGUAUCAGAUGAAGCAUCUGCUUUUGUCAGAAAGCAUGCUGACUUUUUAAACCGUUUAAUCGUUUCAAGUCGUGACUAUGAUAUUACCUUUUUUGGGAUGAGAACUUUGGCAAAAUCAUACCUUAUCAAAGCGAACAAUAGAACGGCAGAAACGCCACAAUACAUGUUUUUGCGCGUUGCUAUCGGCAUUCAUGCUUUAGCUCUUCAGGGUGCUCCUGAGGCUGAGAUAUUGUCUCAAAUUGCAAGAACCUACAAUUUAAUGUCCCAAAAAUACUUCAUUCACUCGUCGCCCACUUUGUUCAAUGCAGCUACUGUUAGCGGCUAUCUCUCCCUGUGUUUCUUAAUGGCAGUUGACGACGAUUCGAUAGAUGGUAUCUACAAAUCACUCCACAAAGCGGCUCUCAUAUCAAAGGCGUCGGGCGGGAUAGGCAUACAUGUAAAUAAUAUUCGAUCCAAUGGCUCCCUCAUCAGAUCUUCAAACGGAACCUCAAAUGGACUUGUUCCUAUGCUUCGCGUUUUUAAUAGCACGGCUCGAUAUGUUGAUCAAGGUGGAAAUAAGAGACCAGGCGCCAUCGCUGUUUAUGUUGAGCCCUGGCAUGGAGAUAUAGAAGAAAUUUUGGAUUUGCGCAAGAAUCACGGACCCGAAGAAUUGCGAGCUCGUGAUCUAUUUUACGCUUUGUGGAUCCCAGACUUGUUCAUGAAGAGAGUCAAAAACAACGAAGAUUGGUCAUUAUUUUCUCCAAGUGAGGCCCCAGGUCUUUCUGAAGUUUAUGGAGAUGAGUUCGAGGAUUUAUACAAUAAAUACGAGGAAGAGGGUCUAGCGAUUACCCUGUUCAAAGCCAGAAAACUUUGGGUGAAAAUACUCGAGACUCAAACAGAAACAGGAAUGCCAUUCAUGCUUUACAAAGAUUCAUGCAACAAAAAACUGAAUCAGAAAAAUUGCGGGACGAUUAAAUCCUCAAAUUUGUGUUGCGAAAUCGUACAGUAUCUGUCUGAAAAGGAAACGGCAGUGUGCAAUUUAGCUCUGUUAGCCUUACCCUCUUAUGUUGUUGAGACAGGUACGACGGUCUCAUUUGAUUUCCAAAAAUUACACGAAGUCACGAAAUGUGUCACGCGGAAUUUAGACCAGGUAAUCGACUCGACUCUUUACCCGACAAAAUCAGCCAAGGUUUCUAAUCUCAAACACAGACCUCUCGCAAUUGGAGUUCAAGGAUUGGCUGACGUUUUUAUGCAGCUACGUCUACCAUUUGACUCUGAGGAAGCGAAACAGGUCAAUGUUCGGAUUUUUGAAACUAUUUAUCAUGGAGCAAUUGAAUCAUCAAUGGAAUUGGCAAAGGAAAAAGGUCAUUAUGAAUCUUUUAAAGGAUCACCCGCUUCUUUUGGAAUUCUACAGUUUGAUAUGUGGAAUUGCAAACCUACUUUCUUUGAUGACUGGGAUGAAUUGAAAAAGCGUAUCAUGAAGCACGGAUUAAGAAAUUCUCUUCUUGUCGCCCCCAUGCCAACCGCUUCAACUUCCCAGAUUUUAGGUUUCAAUGAGUGUUUCGAACCGUUUACAUCAAACAUAUACCUGAGAAGAGUUUUGUCCGGUGAAUUCCAGGUAGUAAAUAAAAACCUAGUGAAGGAUUUGAUUAAGCUUGGUAUUUGGAACAAUGCCAUGAAAGAACAAAUCAUCAUUGAUGAUGGUCUGAUCCAAAAUAUUGAUAUCAUCCCACAACCUCUCAAGGAUAUUUAUAAGACGGUAUGGGAGAUAAGUCAAAAGAGCAUAGUCGAUAUGGCUGUUGCUAGAGGGAGUUUCAUAGAUCAGCUGCAAAGCUUGAACAUUCAUCUAAAGAAUCCAACCUUCAAGAACCUCACCUCUUGUCAUUUUUACGGUUGGGAAAGAGGCCUCAAGACAGGAAUGUACUACUUGAGAACAAAGGCUGCUUCCAGAGCCAUUCAAUUUUCAGUUGAUGCCACAAAGUCUGCUUUAGAAUUAGAAUCGAUGAGCAAACCUGACAUUGGCCUUUUAAUGGCUCCAAAAUACAUCGAGACUCGCUCGUAUCCCAAGAAAAUUUCGGAAGACUCGAAUCCAAGACGCAAGUUGGCGGCAUUGAAGCGCUCCCUGCUGCUUUUAUCAACUCCAAACACCGAUGUUUCUUUAUCCAGAUCUCCUAGCACGGACAACUCCGAGGUUCAAUCGAAGGAGCAAAGCCCGAAGGCAAUCACCUCUAGCAAGACUACUUCGCCUGAAGAAGACUACGACAUUUAUGAUACCACUCCAAUCUCUUGUAACAUAGCUAAUCCAGAGAACUGUGAAAGUUGCUCUGCUUAA